AUGAAACGAGGGAUUUUCAAGGUUCCUCUUGAGGCUUCGGUGCUGGGGUCGGUGGGAGGCGCUGCUGGGGACGACCCUAUGGCAGAGGUGGCUGUUGGCGUGGCGGAUGUAGAUUGGGCGGCGACAGAGGUUUCAGGCGAGGCUGUGUGCGUGGCUGGGGCUGGAGACGAAGUUGAAGUGGUAGCAGGAGAGGUGCCAUGGAUUUUGGACGAGUCGGGAGUCUCACUUGAAGUUGAAGUUGUGGCAGGUGUUGUUGCUAUCAAGAAUGUCGAUGGCGUCGAGGGUGAGGUCGAGUCUGAAGUGGUGGCAGGCAUUGCAGUUGAGGCUGAGGUCGAAGUCGGUUUUGGGGUAGUGGCAGGAACUGUAGCUGCGGCAGAAGUUGUGGGCGUUGCUGGGAUUGUAGUAGAGAUCGUGGAUGUUGACGAACUCGCCGGGCUGCUGACAGUGGCAGAGGUGGUGGCAGGCGUCGUGGUGGUACCAGAUUCUGACGAGGCGGUUACAGCAGGGGUACUGUGGGUACUCCUUGCCGGGGGAGACGUCGUAGCAGGGGCAGGCCGGGCGAUGGUCGUAGGCAACACAGCCGGGACCAAGGGGUCGCCACGAUGGCCGUGCGUGCUCGGAGUCGUGACCCUAAAGGCAAUCGGCGCAGCCACGAAAGCUGAGAGCGACUGCACGACUUGCGACUCCUCCUCUCCCAGGGCGCCCCCGUCACUGCCAGAGGACAACGACGAAGGCACGAUAGGCGGAGGCAAGUUCCUGCUUCCUGAUUCCCGACGCGAGGGCAGCGGUGCUCUAGACAGCAUGCUCAGUACCUGCAGCAAAGAGGCGCUCCGUGCGAGUCCUGCAGUGUUGUCUGCGGGAGGGGCGGCGGCAGGAGAGGCAGUUGUAGAUGUAGUUGUUGUGGAUGGCGGAGGUGUAGAAGGUGUAGGUGUAGCCGUUAGCGGGGUAGUUUGGGCUGGUGACGGUGUAGUAAGGGUAGAUGUUGAAGGUACAGUGGAGGUAGAUGUAGUAGAUGAAGAUGCAGUAGAGAUAGAUGACGUAAUUGUUGAGGGUGCAGUGGAAGUAGAUGAUACAGUUGUUGAGGGUGCAGUGGAAGUAAUUGCAGUAGAAGUGGAUGUAGAUGGAGUUGCAGAGGAGGUAGAUGACGCAGUUGUUGAGGGUACAGUAGAGAUAGUAGUAGAUGAAGGUUCGGUAGAGGUAGAGGUAGAAGAUGAGGGUUCGGUAGAGGUAGAGGUAAAGGUAGUAGAGGAAGGUUCGGUAGAGGUAGAAGAUAAAGGUUCGGUAGAGGUAGAGGUAGAUAAAGGUUCAGUAGAGGUAGUAGAGGAAGUUUCGGUAGAGAUAGAUAACAUAGUUGUUGAGGAUGCAUUAGAGGUAGAUAUAGUAGACGGUUUGAUGGAGAUAGAUGUAGUAGAGGAAGGUUCAGUAGAUGUAGUAGAUGGAGGUUCAGUAGAGGUAGCUGUAGUAGAUGGAGGUUCAGUAGAGGUAGAUGUAGUUGAUGGAGGUUCAGUAGAGGUAGAUGUAGUAGAUGAAGAUUUAGUAGAAGUAGUAGAGGAAUGUUCAGUAGAGGUAGAUAACAUAGUUGUUGAGGGUGCAGUAGAGGUAGAUAUAGUAAACGGUGUAAUGGAGACAGAUGUAGUAGAGGAAGGUUCAGUAGUGGUAGAUGUAGUAGUUGAAGGUUCAGUAGAUGAAAGUUUAGUAGUGGUAGAUGUAGUAGAUGGAGGUUCAGUAGAUGUAGUAGAUGAAGGUUUAGUAGAGGUAGAUGAUACAGUUGUUGAGGAUGCAGUGGAGGUAGAUAUAGUAGAUGGUGUAAUGGAGAUAGAUGUAGUAGAUGAAGGUGCAGUAAAGAUAUAUGUAGUAGACGAAGGUAUAGUAGAGGUAGAUGAAGGUUCAGCGGAGGUAGAUGUAGUAGACGAAAGUGCACUAGAAGUCGAUGCAGUUGUUGAAGACGCAGUAGAGGUAGAUAUUGAAGUUGCUGGAGGCUUGUUUGUGGCAGGUGAGGUUUUUGAAAGUGUAUGUGUGGUUGUUGGUGUGGCAGAUGGAGUAUCAGUAGAUGGAGUAAUUGUUAAAUAG